ACUCACAUUUUUCUUCAUCCAGUAAACAUUCAAAUCUCAUCAGCUAAAUAAACUCAAAAAGGAUGAAUCCUAUGUUUUACUUCCUUCUUGCCUUAACCGCCGUUUUUGCCGCGAAAACAAACGCCGCCGGACCAAUUUUCGACACUGAUGGUGAUGUCAUAUUCGGCGGCACUAGUUACUACGUUCUCCCCAUCUUCUGGGGCGCUGGGGGUGGCGGUCUAACUCUCGCCCCCGUUUUUGGCAACCAAUGUCCCCUCUUUCUCGGACAGGAACGUUCAGACCUGAACAGGGGCAUUCCCGUAAGAUUCUCAAACUGGAGGUCUAGAGUUAAGCACGUUCCGGAGUCAGAGAACCUCAACAUCGAGAUGGAUACCACACCAAAGAUCUGCCGCCCAGAGUCAGUUUAUUGGUGGCUCAGUAGUCCGCCCGCCAGUGAUGUACCGUCGUUCAUAAUAGCUGGUCCUAAGCCAGAAGCUGGAGAAGAAGAUUCGUCGAGUAGUUUCUUCCAGAUCGUCAAGAAGACUGUGGGAAAACUUGACGCUUACAAGUUUGUGUUUUGUGGAGAGCAUAACGAUUGCGUCGAUGUCGGUGUAAUGGAGGACCUAGCUGGCGUUGGGCGUUUCGUUUUAGGCCCUACUACGCCAUUCAACGUUGUGUUCGAGAAAGCUACUAGGACAACAGAGACUUUAUCCAAGACUAUGUCCAUUAUCUAAGAAAAAUUAAAGGCUACAAAAUGAAGAGGAUAAGAGUUAUAACUUAUGACUAAUGAUAAAACUCUUUAUCUUUUUUUUUGCCAGCUUAAUAAAACUCUAUCUAUGUUGGCUGUUUUCUUUGAUCAUCAAUCAUCAUCAUGUCUGGAAGAAAACAUUUUUCCUUUGUUUA